AUGAAAAGGAUGUGGUGCCGUCUUCUUCCUCAUUACUUCGAAUGGAUAGCUGGAGUACCUGACCUGAGAUUCAUGGAUAUUCAGGAGAAGGUCAAACUAGUUGCUCGACAGCUCUCUACCGUUGUUGCAUUGAUGGUUUCGUUUUGGACAUUCAAGAGCGGUUACGACGGCAUUGUGCCUGGUAGCGAAAUUUGCUUCAGUCGACGAGAAAAUAAGGACGAAAUCAUUGUCGUUGCCAACAUCCUCAACUCGCAUGUAAUCUCAACGUUUCGAAAAUUAGCAUUAGGCACUCGUUUUGGGCCUGUCGAAAGUGUGAUAAUGGAAACUGCUUGGCUGAAAUAUCGAUCGGUUCUAGUUAAUCUCGUGAAACGUAAUAAUCCGAAACUUGACUAUGAAGGCGUAGUAGACAGAAUUGUGGCACUCUCCGAAAUCGUCCCGUACCUAGAGUUGCUCCCAAACGUGAUCAGCCGCGCUGACGCGAUGCGUCCUCAGCAAACAUCGGCACUGGCGCUUCAGCCUCUGAAGACGGCGAAGAAGCCGAAUCGUCAGGGGAAUGAAAGUUGCAGGAUAGAUUUUACUGAUUUCAACGGCAGGAGAUAUUGGAACUUACAUGCAAAGAAGGCAAUUAUACAACAGGAAGAAACUCUGCGGAAACUUGUGACAAUUAUGUAUUUAUUGAAGACGAGGAGAAUGGAGUUUUCACAGAAAACUUGUUUAAAAAGAGAUAAAAUUAUAGCGAUCAUGUACUCGCACGAAAAAGAUCAACGCGAUAUUACGGCACAUACGUUCAUGCUCACAACUCUACGACUUCCUUCCCCGGUGAAAACAUAUGAGAAGAUCGUAUCAGCGUAUCGAAAACUGAGUGUUAUCACUAGAGAACGGCUUCGAGGAGUCGGAGAACGGCUUCCAGGAGUUGCUUCGGUUUCUUCCGUAAGAUAUCCAGCUGCGUCUACUGGAAAUGUCUUCAAAUAUCAAGCAGAUAUGUUUUUCACUAAGGGAAGACCUAUUGAAUAG